AUGUAUGGAUGUGGCAAACAAGAUACAUCUCGUCCAGGAACUCCAUCUCGUGCUGCCAGAACUGUUCCUGAUGAUCUGCGAGAAGUUCUGAUGGAAUUCACGAUGAGCUAUCUUCUUGAGCAGCCAGCUGAUGUAGUAGAUUAUGCCAUAGAUUAUUUUACAAAAAUAAAGGAAAACAGAGUGACUAUAACUAUGGAACCAUCAUCUGUAAGUGAAUUAGAAGAACCAGAACUAGCAGAACCUUUAUCUAAUAUGACUUUCAACGUACGUAGGCGUUCUGUUUUUGCCGAAACUUACGAUCCCGCAAUGGACAGUGAUGAAGUGGCAAUCUACCCAAAAUCUGAAGACCAACGAAAACGAUUGGAACAGUCUGUGAAAGGAAUAAUACUGUUUCGAUCUCUGGACGGAGAGCAGAUGAAUAUCGUGCUGGACGCAAUGUUUGAGAAGAGGGUGCAUUCUGGAGAUUACAUAAUUAAACAAGGUGAUGACGGAGACAAUUUUUAUGUUGUUGAAACCGGAACUUUUAAAGCAUAUGUAACCAACAUUCCCGGAGAAGAGCCGAAAUUAAUUCAUACAUACGAAAACAGCGGUAGUUUUGGAGAAUUGGCAUUACUUUACAAUAUGCCUAGAGCAGCUACUAUACAAGCAAUAACUGAUGGCUCUUUAUGGGCUAUGGACAGGUGUACGUUUAGGCGUAUUCUUUUGAAAACCGCUUUCAAAAAACGCAAAAUGUAUGAAAAUCUCAUCAACAGUGUUCCUAUGUUAAAAUGUCUUCAGCCCUAUGAACGAAUGAAUCUUGCUGAUGCAUUGGUAUCAAAGGAAUAUAAACCAGAAGAGCAAAUAAUAAAACAAGGUGAUUCUGCAGAUGGAAUGUAUUUUGUGGAAGAUGGAGUGGUUACCAUAACAGUUCAUGGAGAUGAUGGUCGUGAAAUAGAAGUGAAUAAAAUUAUAAAAGGCGGAUAUUUUGGUGAAUUAGCUUUGGUGACGCACAGACCACGAGCAGCAUCAGCCUAUGCCCACAAUAACGUUAAACUUGCAUUUCUGGACGUCGAUGCCUUUGAGCGAUUGCUCGGACCUUGUAUGGAAUUAAUGAAAAGAAAUUUUGAUGAUUACGAAGAACAAUUGUUGCGAAUUUUUGGCUCAAAAACCAACAUUAGUGAUCUUCGUGGUGAAUGA